GUUUGCAGCCACAGUGUGGUAGCUACGUUUGGUUUUUUGUUUGUUUUAUAUUGGUAUUUUGUUAAGUUCAUAGGGCUGGCAACAGACAUAAUUCUGCAUUCGAGGGCUUCAAUUCGCCCCUAGCAACGCCUUCUCUGGGCAGCCCCAGUGGGCUCAGUGCGGCCGGUCGUCGCCUUCUGGCAGAAGACUGGGGGGGGCGCCGCCAUCUCCGGUUCCCUCCUUCAGGUCACCCUCGCCGUCUCCUGAGGGGCCGAUCCUAGCUAGACGCCGCACCUCCUGGAGAGGGAAAGGGGGGCUAAUGCGGAUCAUACCGCUUACGACUCGAAGGGGUCGUCAGUUUUUUUGAGUGCUCCGCAUAUGGAGGAGACACCUCUCUACAGGUGGGAAACGAGGACUGAAUGAAUUAAUUUCUCGACAGGUUUUUUUUUUUUAAUUUGGGUGUGUUUGGCUGAAUGGGGAUUUAAAAUAAAAAGUCCGAAGUAGAAAUGGUAUCCUCGCUCCCUCCAUUUCAGCCCCUCCCUGCCGCGGGUCGACGUGAUUUUGGCGGGCUUCUCAAAGGGAGCGCUUCGGACGCUCUGCUUGAUGGAGGCGGAAUCGGCUGCUUCCACCUCAUACUCGGGCCGCUGCUCCUCCUCAGCGUCCGCGGAGCAACGGCCCCGGUACCAGUUCGGUUUGCAGGAGACGCCGGGCACCGGCGGGCCUCAGUCUUCCUCAAAUGACGGGCCGCUUCGCCCUGCCCCGGCCUCCCGCCCCGAAAGGUUGGAAGAUUCAUACUUUGGAGACAAGAGUUCUUAUGCAGAAAACAUUAGCACAGCAAAUUUGACAAGCCCAUCUUCAGCAAGACAUAAUUCUCGAGUCUGGAAAACACCUCUUUCAUCUAGUAGAGCUGGAUAUAGAAACUGGACUCCUUUCAUGGGACAUUCAGUUACAUCAUCUUCAGCAGUCUCCAACCAUAAUGUUGCAUCUGUGAUUGUGGCUGUAAUAGAAGGAAGAGGUCUUGCUAGAGGUGAAGUAGGAAUGGCAAGUAUUGAUUUAAAAAAUCCAGAAGUUGUACUUUCUCAAUUUGCAGACAAUACAACCUAUGCCAAGGUUAUCACCAAACUCAGAAUUUUGACACCCUUAGAAAUAAUAAUGUCAAAUACUGCAUGCGAUACAGGCAAUGCAACAAAAUUGUUCAACUUGGUAACAGAAAAUUUCAAGAAUGUUGCUUUUACUACAGUCCAGAGAAAGUACUUCAAUGAAACUAAGGGUUUAGAAUAUAUUGAACAGUUAUGCACACCUGAAUUCAGUACUGUUAUUAUGGAGGUUCAGUCCAAGUAUUAUUGUCUGGCAGCUGUGGCAGCUGUGCUGAAAUAUGUUGAGUUUAUUCAAAAUUCCGUGUAUGCACCUAAGUCACUCAAGAUUCGUUUCCAUGGAAGUGAGCAAACAGCAAUGAUUGAUUCAACGUCAGCCCUAAAUCUUGAAUUGAUAACUAACAAUAGGGAUCCAAAGAAUGGCCACAGUCUUUUUGGAGUUCUAAAUUAUACUAAAACACCAGGGGGAAGCCGCCGACUUAGGUCUAAUAUUUUAGAGCCUCUGAUAGAUGCUGAUAGCAUUAACACUAGAUUGGAUUCUGUUCAAGAGCUACUUCAGGAUGAGGAGCUUUUCUUUGGUCUUCAGUCAGUUAUUUCAAGAUUCCUGGACACUGAACAAUUACUCUCUGUAUUAGUUCAAAUUCCAAAGCAAGAUACGGUUAAUGCAUCUGAGUCAAAAAUAACAAAUUUAAUUUAUUUGAAGCAUACCCUGGAACUUGUGGAACCUUUGAAGGAUACUUUGAAAAGCUAUAAGACACCAUUGUUAAAGGCUUACUAUAGUUCUCUGGAAGACAGCAGAUUUGGAAUCAUACUUGAAAAGAUUAAAACUGUCAUUAAUGAUGAUACAAGAUAUACCAAAGGGUGUUUGAAUAUGAGAACUCAAAAGUGCUAUGCGGUGAAGCCUAAUAUCAAUGAAUUUCUUGACAUUGCACGGAGAACAUAUACUGAGAUUGUUGAUGAUAUAGCAGGAAUGAUAGCACAGCUUGCAGAAAAGUAUAACCUUCCUUUGAAAACAAGUUUUAGUUCAGCUAGAGGAUUUUUUAUUCAGAUGAAUGCUGAAUGUGCCGCAAUACACAGUGGUCAGCUUCCUUCAGAAUUUACCAAGAUCACUAAAAUGAAAAAUGUAUAUAGCUUUACAUCACCAGAUUUAAUGAAAAUGAAUGAAAGAUGUCAGGAGUCCUUGAGAGAAAUUUAUCACAUGACUUACUUGAUAGUAUGUAAACUACUAAGUGAAAUCUACGAACAUAUUCAUUGCCUGUACAAACUUUCUGACACUGUGUCCAUGCUGGAUAUGUUGCAGUCAUUUGCCCAUGCUUGCACACUUUCUGACUAUGUGCGUCCUGAGUUUACUGACACAUUAGCAAUAAAGCAAGGAUGGCAUCCCGUUCUUGAGAAAAUAUCUUUUGAGAAACCAGUUGCCAACAAUACUUAUAUCACAGAAGGAAGUAAUUUUGUUAUUGUUACAGGACCAAAUAUGAGUGGAAAGUCAACCUACUUAAAGCAGAUAGCCCUUUCUCAGAUUAUGGCACAAAUUGGAUCGUUUGUGUCAGCAGAAUAUUCUUCUUUUAGGAUUGCUGAGCAAAUAUUUACUAGAAUAGGUAUGGAUGAUGAUAUAGAAACAAAUUCAUCAACAUUCAUGCAAGAGAUGAAAGAGAUAACGUAUAUCAUACAAAAUGCUAAUGACAGAUCACUUAUCAUAAUUGAUGAACUUGGCAGAGGUACUAGUCCUGAAGAAGGCAUUGGCAUAUGUUACGCAGUCUGUGAAUAUCUUCUCAAUCUAAAGGCUUUUACACUCUUUGCUACUCAUUUUUUAGAAUUAUGCCAACUUGAUACCUUAUAUCCUAAUGUGGAAAACACUUACUUUGAAGUGCAGCAUGUGAGAAACAGUUCUGGGAUUAGGGAGAAAAUUACUUAUACCUAUAUGCUUUCCAAAGGACAUACAGAGGAAAGUAACUAUGGGCUGAAAACUGCAGAAGUUUCCUCUCUCCCAUCAUCAAUAAUACUGGAUGCCAAGGAAAUAGUAACUUUUAUUGGUAGACAGACAUCGCAGCAACAAAGAAGUUCUCCUGAAACAUUAAAGCAGAGAGCUAUAUAUCAUUUAGCAAAUAGGUUGGUUCAGACUGCUCGCAACUCUCGACUUGAUCCAGACAGCUUGCAAAUAUACCUGAAAGGUCUGAAGAAAAAGUAUGAGGCUGAUUGCCUUGCUGCUGAAUGCAUGUCUACAAAAGAACAGGAGUGAUUUAUAUUUUAAUCCAAAGCACUGACUGGUAUAGAUAAGAAUAGAACCUGAAAAUACACAAAAAUAUUAAAUUUUGCUAUAUUUCUACAGUAUCCUAUUUUUUUCCUUCAUGUAUAGCAAACACAUCGUUAUUUAAAUUGUAAACAUUAACGGGAACAGUAAUAUACAGAGAACUGUGUUAACAAAUAA